AGAUGGACGAGAAUAUAGGAUGCAGUGAGGUAGAAACUUCUUCUGGAUGUUCGGACGACUUUGAUAAUUCAAAAACUAUUUCUCCAAGCUCAACUGAUAUAGAGCAUUUUCCUAAAUCGACAAGUGACUGGGAUUCUCAUUUUGUUGAUAAACUUGGGGUUCGUUAUAAACAAGAAGAUAUCUUUAGAAUAAUCCUAUUUGAAUGGUCUUUGUUUCAUUUGCACAAAGAAGACCAUUUAGAAGUUGAGCGAUGUUUAAGUGCCUGCAACUUGAAGUUGAAUUACGACUCUCUAGAGACUUUGCCACCAAACACUACUACCCCGAUUGAAAAGUUUGCCAGUGGAUGGGAACCAAGUUCUCAACAGUUGAGGGUCAUCCAGACGGAACCUUUGCUAAAAAGGUUUUUAUUCAAACUGGAUGAAUUCAACUUCUGCUUAGCUCAAAUAAUUUCAAAAAAUAAGCCCAGCACAUCAAUAUCAGAAUGGAAAUACCAAUCCUUGUUUGAAAAGUUGCUGCAGUUAUUUGGUAUUUAUACUUGUACCCAGCCAUUCAUUAGUACAAAAAAGGCACAGAUCAUGGGAAGAACUGUGACAUCUAAGGCUGAUGUUAUCUGUUAUAGAAAAGAUCCUGCAUUAGAAGGGCCAGUGCUCUGUGUUUGUGAGGUCAAGAAAACUCUAGCUGAGGAAGCUGAUGAAUUAAGUCCACCUAGGAAAAAACUUCGAGCUACAUCUUCUAAAGAAGUUACAGAUACUUACAUUGGGGACCAGUCUUUAUGGUCACAGCAUAUUGGAGAACUUUUUGUAUACAUGGACGAGUCGCCAAGAAAUGAAGGAAUUCUUGGCUUUACCAUUGAGAAGACAUGGGUUAGAGUUACUUUUCUUGAAGUUAAAGAACCAAGUUUGGAGAAAAUUCGAAAUAGACCUGGAAAUAGACCUGGAUCUGUAGAACUGAAUGAGGGUGAACACCCCAUUUUUUACUACAGUAAGCGCUUUAACUUUUUACAGCAGGAUGAUAGGAAGACUCUGUUCAAGGCUCUUCUGCUUAUGAAAAUAAUGCAGGAUAGAUUUGAGGCUGGUAGAGAUGCUGCCAGAAGUUAAUUGUUCAUGAAUGCAGAGUAGUUCAAAGGAUUUACUUGUGAUUUCAGUCAACUGAAGCAUCAUGAGAGCUUGUCUGAAUUUCUAUUCAGUGUAACUUUUUUAUGAAGAAUGCAUAAAAAGCUGUAUUUUAUGCCUGAGUAUUUCUGUGUUUAUGUACAACAUUAAGACUGUUUAAGCCCUAUUUUGAGGUUAAUAUAAAUCAGAUGUACAUGAA